GACUGCCGAGGCGGGAAAAUAAAGAGCCGACGGGGAUUGGAGCGGAGGCGGAGGCUGCUCGCCGCGCGGCCGCGCUUUGGUUUCGCCUUCCUCGCCGCCAUGGGAAUCAGGGGCUUGACGAAGCUGCUGGCGGAGCACGCGCCGAGUGCCGCGGUGCAGCGGAGGGUGGAGGACUACCGCGGCCGUGUCAUCGCCGUUGACGCCAGCCUCAGCAUCUACCAGUUCCUCAUCGUGGUUGGAAGGAAAGGAACAGAACUUCUGACCAAUGAGGCUGGUGAAGUCACGAGUCAUCUGCAGGGUAUGUUGAACCGGACAGUAAGAUUUCUAGAAGCAGGGAUAAAGCCUGUAUUUGUGUUUGAUGGUGAGCCACCUGAAAUGAAGAAAAAGGAGCUUGCAAAAAGGUCCUCAAAGAGGGCUGCUGCUGCCGAAGAGCUAAAUAGAGCUAUGGAGGUUAGGGAUGAGGAUUUAGUUGAAAAAUUUAGCAAAAGGACUGUCAAGGUCACAAAAAAACACAAUGAUGACUGUAAGAGGCUGUUAAGGCUGAUGGGUGUCCCUGUAGUUGAGGCACCAUGUGAGGCAGAGGCACAGUGUGCAGCACUUUGUGAAAAUCACAUGGUCUAUGCCGUCGCUUCAGAGGACAUGGACUCACUGACUUUUGGUGCUCGAAGGUUUCUUCGUCACUUAACUGACCGUGGUUUUAAGAGGUGUCCUGUAACAGAAUUUGAAGUGUCGAAGGUUUUGGAAGAACUUGGACUCACAAUGGAUCAGUUUAUUGACUUAUGUAUCCUUAGUGGAUGUGACUACUGCGAGAAUAUUAGAGGUAUUGGGGGACAAAGAGCCUUAAAACUCAUUCGUCAGCAUGGUUGUAUAGAAGAAGUUCUGCAAAAUCUUAACCAAAAGAGAUACAUUGUUCCAGAAGACUGGCCCUACCAGGAAGUUCGGACCUUGUUUAAGGAACCUAAUGUUUGUACAGAAAUUCCAGAUUUCAUGUGGACCUCACCAGACUCGGAGGGCCUUAUGAAUUUCUUGUCAACCGAAAACAGUUUCAGUCCUGAUCGAGUAGCAAAGGCGGUAGAAAAUAUAAAGGCUGCCAGGGAUAGAUUCUGCCCAGGGAGAUUGAAGCUUUUGACACCAGUUGCUAGCUUACCGGGAUCUGUUACAGAGAAGGAACCCAAAUGCAUACCAAGUUCCCUAGGACAAAGUUUGAAGGUCAGGUCUGCUCUACAAGUAUGCAAGAGCUCAAGCUCUGGUUUCAGAUAUGGUAGCUCAAAGCCAUUUAUGCUGGGCAGGCAAUCAGGAUUUCGUCAGAUACCUCAUGCUUUCUCUUUCAUCUAAAUAUGUAGCUGUACGGGUUUUCAAGAACUGGCUGGUUGAAGCUAUAACCGCAGCUGCAUGAGGAAAGGAUGCUAACUUGAAAUAUGUUAAUCUCAUGCUACGAUUGUAAUCUUUCCUUUUUUUAAUUGUAACCUAGCUAAUCAACUACCGCAGUUCAUCUUCUCACAUUUAUAUGCUGGUUACCGCUUGACCUUUCCUUGGUGACCUUCAAGAAUUUGGUCGCCUUUUGGUUAUAUCCUGAGAUAUUGGGAAGGUGUUUUUUGGGCCAUGCAGAGAGAAGAAAUCAGCUUAAGUUGUUUGACUCGGCCAGUGCCUUA